GAGGAGAGUCAAGACUGUCCCCGUUGUUAAAGUAUCCAGACGUAUGCGUGCUUCUUUGACCCAAAAUGGCUUGUUGUCAAAACGUAAUGGCCAAGGGAAGUCACCUCGCAAUAGUCGGUUGUGUCAGAGUGUCCUACAGGAAGAUGAGUCUCAUACGAGGGUGGUUACAUGGAGAAGGGGAGGUCAGCAGAACAGGGAACAGGAUACUGUUACUAAAAGGCUCAAACUUCAUGAUCUUAAUAGUGAUGGGCAACAAAAGAGCGCUCUUAUUCCUACUGGAGAGGGACUGACCAUUAACAUAAGCUCGGAGGAAACUGCGGAGGAGCACAGAAAGACUGUCGUUCUUGACACUGACAAGGCAGAGGAGAAGGUAAAGGCAAACACAGAAACUGUACAAAAUGAAAGAUGCUGUGCUCCUACUGAUACAGAGGCUGCCCUUGUUGAGCAGUGUGACCCUUUAGAGCACAAACCCGUCAAUAACGUGGACUUUGCCUACAACGCUGAUACCUCAGGCCCAACCAUUCCCUCCCCUUUACCGUCAGAUAAGUAUGUUUCAGGUCAGGCUAAGGAGGUCAACGAAAUCAUUAACCAACACACUGACUUUUCUCACAAUUCUUGUGAAACCACUCCAGAAACCUCUACAGAAGCAGAUGAGACCGUAACCUCCCUUGUUUGUCAAUCCCCUAAAGAAUCACCAGCACUUGAAAACAUCACAAAUGCUCCCCAGUUAGGAAAAAUAGAGUUGCAAAGCACUGUAGACGUGGACACCAAAGAUGAAAUUGACGAUGCUGAAAUGUUAAUGAAGAAAGAAGGAGCGCUUUCUCUCCUCUCUCUGAGCACAACCAUUUACAACAGAACUCUUUGUGACAAAGACGUGGCAACAACAUCUUUCAACAGCACGCUAUCCAGUAAUACAGAGAGCAACCAGUCCUCAUUUGACAGCGAAGCAGAGUUGGUUCUGGUGCACAGAACCUCAGGAAACCCUCCUCUCCAGGUCGAGGAUAUUCAGCUGCAUUUACUUAGAGUUCAAGAGAGGAGAGAGAGAAAAAAGAGAAGUCAUUGUGGCGUUUGUGCGACCUGCCUGUGCAAGUUCAACUGUGGGGAAUGUAGCAGUUGCCUGAACCGAAAAACAGGCCAUCAGAUCUGUAAGCUCAGGAAAUGUAUCGAGCUGAGGAAAAGGCCCUUGAUGAUCUGUACGGGAGAGGUUGAGUCAGAGGCAAACUCAGUAAAUGGCACAGGCUCAGAGCAGAUGGAGGAGACCAGUGUGGCACCAGAGGAAGAGGAGCAUUACAUAUCCCAAACACACAACAUCCCUGAUUUUCCCACUCCUCUCCAGCAUGGCCUGGCACCAGCUCGUCCUGAAAAGCAGCCCUGGACAACUGAUAGCAAAGAUGUCCUUCUGAUCUCUCAAAGCUCUCUAAAUGGUGGUGAACACAUGAAACCAAACACUGAGAAAUAUGUGGAACUGUCCUCUAGAACUAAACCCAUGCUAAGCAAAACUCAUGAACCCGAGGCACUUCUAGAAAAGACAGUUCCUCUGAAGAAGAUCAAACUGGAGGGGCAAUCGGUUGAGAUCAAUAACCAACACUCAAGGCGCUUAGUGACUAUCGGGUGCCAUGAGGAUGCUUUAUCCACUCUUGCAGCUGUAGUCUGCUUCUCUAGUAAAAAUAGAAAAGAUCUUGAGGAGAAGCCUUUUAGGCCUCAGGCCUCAGAUAUCUGUUCUAUGAAAACUGAGCCGAAAGAAGAACCACUUCAGUGUCAGUCAAUUCAAGAAGAACCAGCAAAACCUCCUCAGCAAGAUAACAUUGCACUAUCUUUACCCAGUGUCCAGUCUCUGGUCCAGCAAAGGAAUAUUAGUGUUGAUCAGGCUAUAGCUAUUGAGGCCUUGACCCAACUGGCAGCUACCCCACAAACGGUGCCCUUGAAAACAGAAGACCAGGACACUCAGCAAGACAACCCAAUGUCUACAUACUCCACUUCAAGCAACCACAAAUCUCCUCUGGAGGCUAAAUCAGUUUCAGAUGUUUUCUCUAACAAGGUCUCCAUAAUUAGUUCAUCAUUGCAUCAGACGUCUGUCAUCUGCAGCCCUUUGAAUAGGCAGGUCAGCUCCACACAAAGUCAUCGCUGUGCAUCUACCCCCAGAAAGCUUUCUUUGAAGGAUCUUCUGGUAGCUAGCUCAGAAUGUGAAAAGCUAUCGUUUGCCACAGAGAGCCGAAGAUACGGCCAAGCACUUUGUAAAAUUGACAGGUUAGAAGGCACUUUCAAGAAAUCCAAACAUGGUGAAGGGACUCCUAUCUCAAGAAAGAGGGAUGAGGAGGAAGUUGCUGCUCAAUUGGUGCAACUUGCAUCCAUGAUCCAAUCGAGACAAUCGAAGCAAGUCUCGGAAAACAGUCCCCCGAAAGGCUUGCCAGCUCAGACCAUGAAAUACAAUAAUGUUUUGGGGGAGCGCUUGAAAAAACAAAGAAAACCUAGAACGACACCUUCAAACCCCAGAAUUUCCAAGAAGAAAGCUGGUGAGGUUGAAGACAACCAUUGUAGGAUUCCACUGGCCAGGAGGACACCCAACAAAAAGACCCCACUCAAGGACAUCAUCCAGAAAGCCAUUUUGCAACAAAAGAUGAGGUUUCAGCACAAAAGAAGUAAAUUUCUUCCACAAGCUCAGAUAGACCUGAAAAAAUACAUUGCGGAAGCUCACUAUGAGAACAGGCAGCACUUAUAUUACAGCAACUCUCUGAAGAAAGAGCACUUAGACUUUGAAACUAGCACAGGUUCUGGGAAACAGAAUGGCUUUCACUUUAAACACGAGUAUGGUGACAACUCUGUAUCGCCGCCAAAUGGACUCUUUCACAAUCAUAUGAAUGACCAUCUUGGUGCUAGCCAGUGGAGGAAGCAUGAAUGUGAACAACACAUGAUUUCUCAGGUAUCGAAAACCUAUGGUGUGCUUAAUCAUGGUGCUAAACAACAACCUCAACAUACCAUGCUCAGUGUACCUUGUAAAGACUUGCCACAAACCCCAGGUUUGAACCAUAAAGCAAACAGUUUUAACUAUAAUCAACACUUGCACACAAAUCUAAAUGGACAUUACAAAGUAGAGAAGUCUGGUGACGUCACGGUGCUGUCCACAUCUGCUGUACAUUUGGAAAAUGGUGACUUUCCGUACACUGGAGAACAGACUCCCACCAAGCACACUCUAAACAGCUUUUUGGAGUCUCCAAUGAGGUUUUUGGACACACCAACCAAGAAUUUGCUCAACACCCCCUCCAAACAAUCCACAGAACUGCCCUCCUGUGACUGUGUGGAACAAAUUAUUGAGAAAGAGGAGGGUCCAUACUACACUCACCUUGGAUCUGGCCCGAAUGUAGCAGCAGUGAGAGAGAUGAUGGAGAACAGGUAUGGUGAGAAAGGCAACGCAGUCCGUGUGGAGGUUGUGGUGUAUACUGGCAAGGAGGGGCGGAGCUCGCAGGGUUGCCCAAUCGCCAAGUGGAUCAUACGUCGUGAAAGUGAGGAAGAGAAGUUGUUGUGUCUUGUGCGGCAGCGUGCUGGUCACUGCUGUCAGAACGCAGUGGUUGUUAUUCUGAUCCUGGCCUGGGAGGGGAUCCCACACAGUGUGGCCGACAGGCUGUACCAGGAGCUCACACAGACUCUCUGCAAAUAUGGCACGCCCACUAGCCGCCGCUGUGCCCUCAAUGAAGAUCGUACCUGUGCAUGUCAGGGUCUGGAUCCAGAGACCUGCGGUGCCUCCUUCUCUUUUGGUUGCUCCUGGAGUAUGUACUUCAAUGGCUGCAAGUUUGCACGCAGCAAAACGCCCCGGAAGUUCAGACUGCAGGGAGACUACCCUCAGGAGGAGGAGAAGUUGGAGAGGAAUCUGCAGAAUCUGGCCACAGAUUUGGCACCCGUGUACAGGAAACUGGCUCCUGAGGCCUUUCUGAACCAGGUUGAGCAAGAGCAGCAGGGGCCGGACUGUCGGCUGGGGAGGAGGGAAGGUCGACCAUUCGCUGGUGUGACUGCAUGUGUGGACUUCUGUGCUCAUGCUCACAGAGACACACAUAACAUGACCAAUGGAAGCACUGUGGUAUGCACUUUAACCAAGGAGGAUAACCGUGCAGUGCGGAACAUUCCAGAGGAUGAGCAACUGCAUGUCCUCCCUCUCUAUAAGAUCUCUGACACGGAUGAGUUCGGCCAUGUUGAGGGCCAGUGGGCUAAGAUGAAGACUGGGGCUCUGCAGGUCCUCUCUGCUUUCCCAAGAGAAGUGCGGCUGCUGGCUGAGCCCGUCAAGUCAGCCCGCAAGAGGAGACUGGAGGCUAAAAGAGCCCAUGCUGAGAAACUUAACGGCCUGGAUAAUAAGCAGGUCACUCCUGUAAAAGUGAAGAAUGAGUCUCUUAAAGGUAUACCCACUUCAGCCUUCCUUCUUAUCCGUGUAAAAUCAAAAGUAUUAUUUCAAGACAUUGAAAAAGAAAAUGAAAAGAAGAAAAACUGUCAAACCAAAUUUUUCAAAACAGUAAUCGGAAAGGAAACAGGUUACCAAGGCAACCAGUAGGAUAUUGUGGUACAUGGUGUAUUUUGAGCCUAACCUCUACCUUAACCUGUCAACUAUUCAUUCAAACAUCAAAGCCUUGACAUCUGGAAAGCAGCAACAUCAUGCAUCGGAUUAGGUUAGGUGUUUGCUGUGGGUUAUUUUUAUGCCAUUCACAUAUAUUCUUUAAGCCAUGCAGAAGUGUUCACCCAAAUUACACUGGAACAACACAAUGCCACAAAUGUAUGUUGCUCUGAUUUCAAUUAAUGAUGUUGUCUACACAACAAGCGUAGUGAUGUCAGCAUGUGGAGUGUUGACAAAUUAAUUGAUUAUAAUGGAAGGCAUUAUCCAAGAGUGAACCGGACCAGAUUAGAAUGCAUAAACAAUCUAUUUAGAAAUGUAUUUAUUUUUUUGCACUUUCUCCUGUUUAAUAUGAAGGUGCACUGUUAAUUUCAGUGCUUUAUUCUUUUGAUAAACAUUAUUUUAGGAAAUGGUACCACUUACUCUUGAGGGCUGGUCAUAAAAUAUUAAUGAAAUGGGCUGGGGGGUUGAUGAUUUAAUCCCUAAAGUUUGGGAGCAUUUGCUCUAGAGCUCUUAUUACAUUUCUUGUUUAAUUAUUAGUGGUGCUUGCUUUAGCAAGGUGUCACAAUUACUGUCACUUUGACCUUCAUUUAGGGAUUUUCCAAAAUCCCUAACCCAAUUCUUCUUGUUCCAUGAAAAUUUCAGCAUCUAACUCAUCCUGCACAAUUUGUACUACGGACACAAGUGAUGGCUCAAAUUGGGCGACUUAUUAAGGAGAGGUGUGCUUUGAUAUUUUGGAGCGAUUGGGUUGUACGAUGUUCACCUGGCGGGUGAUAAAACGGGUGAAAAGUCCCAUAGACUUAACAUUGAAAGGGGAUCAGUGGGAUCAGAAUGUCAUAGAAACAUGGGUUGGGCUCAUUUGAAUUGGGCUAGCAAGCAGUCAUUCAGUAACACCCAAGCAACCAUCUAAAGCACCCUAGAACCCAUAAAGCAUUAUCACACACCCAUAUCUCUGAACCAGAACAUUGUUGAGACAUGUGGGUGGGAUUUUUUUGGGGGUGGGCUUUUUUGAGUCUGGCCAGUGCACUGAGGCACUUGGUAGGCCCUGUGAGGGCCCUGAGAGCCCCUAUGGGCCCGUGCCAUAUCUCUGCACCUGAACAUCAUAGAGAUGUGGGGUUGGGCUCGUUUGACUUGGGGCAGUGUACUGAACCAUGUGAUGCCCUUGUGUUUUGGCACUAAAACACAGACGAGACAUUAAGGGUCAGCUCUUUUGAUCUGGGGAAGCGUACUGAAGCCCUUGGUGGGACAUUGUGACAGCGAGUUUUGCCACAGCAAGCACCACUCACCGAUCAAUUUGUUAUUAUUAUUUUCUAUCUCGACAGGUUUCAAACACGCCUCUGUUGAACAUUCACCACGUUCGGAAAAGGAAACUUGGAAUUUCUGUUCCAGAAUGC